GGUUGCUGGCACAGCACAACUCGAGUACGACGUAAACGACGCGCAACCGGUUCGUAUCGUUCGCCGUCGUUUUCUGAUUAGAAUAGAAUCGCCUCCGAGGAGAGAGGCAAACGUCGCGGUCUGGUCGUCGUCAGUCGAAAUCGUUGCUUCGACAGAGAAUGGCAGAGAAAGAUAAGAAUGGAGUGCACGCGUUCCCUUAUAUGAAACCACCAGAACAAACUACAUGGGAAAAAAUUUCAACAACAUUUUACAACAAAUCAGAUAAUACAAUCUUAGGGCGAACUGGGAAAGGAUGGUGUAAACUAUUAAUAUUUUACGGAUUAUUCUACAUAGUAUUAGGUGCAAUGUUUGCGAUAUGUAUGCAAGGUCUCUUCGCGACGUUAGAUGACACACAACCAUCAUGGAUUUUGGAUAGAAGCUUGAUAGGAACGAAUCCUGGAAUGGGUUUUCGACCAUUACCUGAUCGUGCUGAAGAAGGCGCUUUAAUUGCGUUUAAUUCAAAGGAUGGUACAACUGCGGAUAAAUAUGUAAACUUAUUAAACGUCUUCCUUAAAGAUUAUAUGAACGACAGUCUCGGUACAAAUAGAGAACCAUGUGAUUUUGAUAAACGUCCUGGUGAAGGAAAAGUUUGUGAUGUAGAUAUGAAACAAUUCAUGCCUUGUACUCCUGAAAAUGGAUACGGUUACAAUACUUCUUCCCCUUGUAUUUUCCUUAAACUAAAUAGAAUAUUUGGAUGGGUACCUGAAUAUUAUAAUGAUAUAGACAAUCUUCCAAGUGAUAUGCCAAUUGAUUUAGUUGAACAUAUUAAGAAGGAAUACGCCCAAGAUAAACGAAGAGCUAACCAAGUAUGGGUUUCAUGUAAAGGUGAAAAAUCUGUUGAUGAAGAAAAUAUAAAUGACGGAAACACUCCAAAUUUCGAGUAUUAUCCGCGAGGAUUUGCUAGUUAUUAUUAUCCGUUUGAAAACGUAAAGAACUAUUUAAGUCCUUUAAUAGCGGUCAGAGUUUUGAAUAUUAAACCGAGUAUAUUGGUUAAUAUAGAAUGUCGAGCUUGGGCGAAAAAUAUUAUAUACGUGGGCAGCUAUCGUGAUAGACGAGGAUCGGUGCACUUUGAACUUAUGCGAGAUUAAUUUAAAUUAUUUCACCCUUGUUUUUAUUUUCCUUUUUUUGUGAUUUUUUUAAAUAGUUUUAUAACGUUUCGUUUAGGCUUUAGUACUUAUUAAAAAAAAAAUAAUAAGGAACGCGAUUAAUAACUUAUUGUUAGAAAGUUAGUUCAAUGUUUACAAAAGAAAACCUUAAUAUUUGUGUCAUAUUAGUUUAUUUACAAAAAAAAUACGGAGUAAGUGCGCGCGAAAAGAUGAGUUUUAAUUUGUUUUGUGUAAAAGGCGCGUUAAGUUAAAAAGAACUUAAUGAAAAAUUUCUUAGGUGCCUUCUUCUAAAUCAAAAGCGUCAAGAUUUUAUAAUUUUUUUUGUUAGAUUUUUGAAAAAUUAAAUAUACAUAUUAUAUUUUUUAUGUACCACCUUUCUUUUAAACUCUAUUGAAAUCAUAUUAAACAAAUGUACUACUAGAAAAUAAAAAUUAAAUGUUAUCUAUA